ACUUGAUUGUCAUCAUGGUGGAGGUGAACGAAACGUGAGGAAUUGCAGACGAACUUUUCCCCAAUUUAUGCGGCUUGUUGUAUCAUAAGGGUACUGUUUGACGUUGAAUAUCGCACCCAUUAUAUUCAGCACAACUCCUUUCACCAGAUCAUCCCGUCUUUUAACUAAUCAGCCAUGACUUUUACCAUCAAAUGAUGUGCACUUUGGAUCAUCACCCUAGUAGAUAUAUGUAGACAUGUCUGGAUUGCUGCACCGUGCAUCGGAAAUGGAGGAACUUGACCGGUACCAGAGAGGCCAGGGCGACGGCACGUCCAUGGAGCGCAACAUGGGCAAUGGACACAACCAGGGAUCACACCUGCAGUUCUUUGGUCAGGCCAAGAAGAGAAUUAACGACAUCUUCACGGAGAUGACAGAGUACAUUGAGGAAACAGGUGCCUUUGUAACCGAAACCAAUGCGAAUGGUCACAGUAUCUUGGAGAAGGAGACCCAGGACACGAUGGCAGGAUUCAAGGAAAAGGUUCACGGCAUCAAGGAGGUCCUGGCCCGAGACCACAUGAAAGUCGCCUUCUUUGGGAGGACGUCUAAUGGAAAGAGCACCGUGAUCAACGCGAUGCUGCGAGACAAGAUUCUGCCGAGUGGGAUCGGCCACACAACUCACUGUUUCAUCCAGGUCGAGGGCACGGACAAGGCAGAUGGGAUUCUGCUCACAGAGGAGUCCGAUCAACCCAAGAGCAUCAGUUCCAUUAGGCAGCUGGCCCAUAAUCUCAGUGCAGUUAAACUGAAGGAGAAUACAUUGCUAAGAAUCCUGUGGCCAAACAGCAAGUGUCAGGUUCUCAAAGAAGACGUCGUGUUUGUUGACAGUCCUGGAAUUGACGUGACGCCCGAUAUCGACACAUGGAUUGACAAGUUCUGCUUGGAUGCUGAUGUCUUUGUCCUCGUUGCCAACGCUGAAUCAACAUUAAUGCAAACUGAGAAAAAUUUCUUCCACAAAGUGAGUGCCCGACUUUCGAAGCCGAACAUUUUCGUACUCCAGAAUCGCUGGGAUGUAUCUGCCAUGGAGGAGGAUGUGGAAGAGGUUCGAAAGCAACACAUGAGUAGAAAUAUUGAGUUUUUCGUAGAUGAGUUGAAAGUUCUUGAUCGGAAGGAAGCUGAAAACCGCGUGUAUUUUGUAUCUGCGCGGGAGACGCUCGCCUGUCGACUUCACCAGGAUAAAGGAACACCAACUCCAACUGGAAUCUUACAAGAAGGUUUUCAGAUCCGAAUGUUUGAGUUUGCUAAUUUUGAAAGAGAGUUUCAGCAAUGCAUCUCGAAGUCUGCUGUGAAGACGAAGUUUGAGCAACACGCUGACCGAGGGAAGAGUAUUAUUUCCGAUAUCAGACAGAUCAUGGAGGAAGCCUACAGCAAGAGUAUAGAAAUCAAAGAUAAUCAGCUGCUUACCCGCGGGGAGAACGCCGACCGGCUGGAUUUCCUCAGUAAACAGCUCUGCCUACUGACCAGCGAGGUGAAAGACAAGAUCAAAUCAAUGGUUGAGGAAGUCGAGAGGAAGGUUUCCUCUGCACUGAAUGAUGAAAUCCGUCGUCUGUCGCUGCUGGUUGAAGAAUUUGAUCGCCCGUUUCACCACGAUCCUAUGAUGUUAGCAAUUUAUAAGAAGGACUUGCAUCGAUUUGUCGAAGCCACCCUGUGUCGUAACAUGGCGUGUCGGUGCACGUCCGCGAUCGGUCGUAGGCUGGACGUCGUCCAGUCCUUCCUGGAAGAUCGAUUGCUGUCCAUCCUGCCUGAAGAAAGAAAACAACAGAUCUUCAAUGUUCCCAAGCGCGAUUUUGAGAUUGCCUACAGACUCGACUGCCGAAAUCUGUGUGCCGACUUCCAGGAGGAUAUUCAUUUUAAGUUUUCACUGGGGCCCACUGCGUUGAUGCAAAGGUUCCUGGGAGCCAAGGGUGCACGGGCUGCUCUCUUUGGAACUGCUGGUGCUCUCGGCCAGCCGAUUGCUCCCCCGUCAGAGUCUCACAGUCCGCUGUCUCAGCAGGACGAGAUUGUCGCCUCACUCCUCAGCACGUUUGUAUCGCUGUCGUCCAGAUCUACGCUUGGAGUCGUCGUCAUUGCCGGAGUGGGCAUCAAGGCCGCUGGGUGGAAGGUGAUUGGUGUCACUGCGGCACUGUAUGGUCUGUUGUAUCUGUACGAGCGACUGACGUGGACCACCAAGGCGAGGGAGCGUGCAUUCAAACAGCAAUACGUUGAGUACGCCAGCAGUAAACUGAGACUCAUCGUCGACCUCACAAGCUCCAACUGCAGCCACCAAGUACAGCAGGAACUCUCGUCUACAUUUGCACAACUGUGCCACCAGGCGGACGUGUCUAAGGAACAGCUGAAGGAAGAGAUAAAGGAACUCGAUAACGCCAUCACCAAACUGAAAGACGUCUCCGCAAAAGCUAAAACUCUGAGGAACAAGGCGGAUUGGCUUGAUACUGAACUGAAUAGCUUCGUUUCCAAGUUCCUCAAACAGACACUAUUGUGAUGGAAGUAGACAUUAUCUAGUGUGAUGGAAGUGGACAAUGUUGUGAUUGUAGUUGACAUAAUGUUGAUGGGAGAGGGAAUAUUGUAACAGAAGGGGACACUAUUGUGAUGGAAGUAGACAUAAUGGUGAUAGGAGUGGACAUUAUAUAUUGUGAUGGAAGUGGACAUAACAUUGAUCUGAGAGAAAGAACAACGCGAUGGAAUGGGACAUUAUUGUGAUUGGAUAGACAUAAUUUUUCAAAAACAAGACUGUAUAGGCUAUGUAAAUAUAUACACAUGUAGUUAUACUAAAAAGGACUAGGAGAAUCAUCUAUAACACAAGAAUGAAAUGUGUGUGUUCGGUUUUCAGUUUCAUGGGCAGAGCUACUGUGUUCAGUUUUACUGAGAGAUUGUGUACAAAGAUCUUGAGUUUCAAAUUCAGGAGCCCAUCUCUGUGUGUACAUGUCUUUGUUCAAGUGUGCAAACAUGUCUUCUUCUGCUCAUGUUUUAAGGGUGGUAUAAACUCAUUGGAACCUCCCCCCCUCACCCUCCCCAUAGGAGGAUCCCAUGUAAGGGGAGCCAUCUACGAUACAUGCAAGGAGGGGGAGUGGGUAGGUGGUUACGAAGUUACCACCCAGUGAUUUCCCUAAUCAUAAUUUUUAUUGCACAUACUCUUGCCUUAGUGGAUGCUUCUGUUAAUUUCUACCAGCGUCCCCCUCUGAGAAAAAUGCUAGCUCUGACCUUGCAUUAAUGCAAAAAUAAUAAUAAUUGUAAAAAAUAAAAUAAAUAUUAAAUAAAACAAAAUACCAAAUGCAAAAUAACAA